GUUCCCGGAUAAACUCAAACAAGAGUGACGAUUCACUUAAUUAACGUAACUGCCAAAGCGUGACUCUAUUUCAACAACUAAACGACUUAUCAUACAAACUCUAACUCUCUUUCCUUGUCUACUGGACCGAUUUUUUUGUAACGCAUGCGCAGACAUGCCGCUACUUGAUGAUGUGGAGAGUCACUUUGGCACACGAAAUCUCUACGAAGCGUUAGGAACAGAGCGCGGCGCUGACGCCAACACGAUUCGUCGAUGCUACUACCGUCUCUCAAUGCGUCUCCAUCCGGACAAAGCAACGGAUGACGACGCAACAGAAAAAUUCCAGAUUUUGACUCAAAUCAAUGAGAUAUUGAGCGACGAGGAGAGACGUGGCGUGUAUGAUGACACCGGAGAGGUAGACGACGAUUCCAUUGCGUCGGAUCGAGACUGGACGGAGUACUGGCGCAUUUUGUACAAGAAAAUCCAAGAUGAAGACAUCAAGUUGUUUUUUGAUGAGUACAAAGGGUCUGAUGAGGAGAUGGGGGAUUUGAAGAGGGCGUAUGUGGCUAGUGAGGGAGAUAUGGAUGAGAUCAUGGACACUGUGUUGUGUGCGAGUGUGCUGGACGACGAGGAGAGGUUUCGUGGUAUCAUAGAUGGUUGGAUCGAGAAAGGAGACGUGCCUGGCUACAAGGCGUAUGUAAGAGAGAGUGAGGCAAAGCGUAAGCGUCGUCGUAAGGGAGCACUGAAGGAAGACAAGGAAGCAAAAGAGUGGGCUGCAGAGCGUGCAGUGUUAGAGAAACGAGGUGAAGAGGGUGAUGACGAUCUUGCCAAAGCGAUACAGAAGAGACAGAAGGCAAGGGAUAAAGAGGUGGACUCAUUUUUUGAGCAUCUGGCUGAAAAAUAUGGUGGCAGAAGUGACCAGUCCAAGAAAGGAAAGAAAAAGAGGAAAGAGCUUGGUGACGAAACUGCUGCUGCACGAAAGCAGGCGACGAAACUAGAGACUGGUGAGGCAUCUAGAAAGCGAGCUGCUAAUAGAAAUUUAGGAGAAGAAAAAGGUAAGGGCAAAUUGGCUGGCAAGAAGCUAAGUGAGAAAGUAGAGGAUGUGGAGGAGGUGGUAGAUGACGAGGAAGGGGAGGUGGAUGACGAGGAAGGGGAGGUGGAUGAAGGAGGCACGGCAGCUUUGAGUGAAACAAACGGCAAAACAAGCAAGAAGAAAGAUGGGGAGCGUUCAUCUUCCGGUCCUGCUGUCAAAGCAACUGCAAGGAAAAAGGCCAAACUAUCAAGUAAAGACAACGACCCUGCAACACUACAAGAGUCAGUAUUGCCCCGCAAAUCUCAAAAGGCAAACGCAGAGAAAGGAAGAAAGAGCAAGAAAUCAAGAGACGAGAUGAAAGAAAAGAAAAGCAAAUGAACGGUUACUGUUUGCUAAUAAUUUAUUUUUUGAGUUAGGGUUGAUAUUAAUGAACAACUAGAGUUAAUUUUUAAUUUUAAUCUGGACAUACGAUGAGGUAGAAAGUCAGAGUCUCUACAGCUUGAUACUUUGUUUGCUACAUGUAGUUGAGACUCGUUGUUGUUGGCGGGUUAGUUAGGUUGAGAUACGGUAGUUGAGUUUUAUGUUCAUUAGUACAGCAUUCGUUGAUCGAUGUCAAUUGUGAUCGA